AUGCCUCGAUUGCUUGUCAAAGAUUUGGAUGCAUAUGAAACCGUCAUCAAAAAGGCACCACCACCAAAUCCUAGUGCCUUGGUCAUUGAACAGCGACAGAAGAUUAAUACGGCAGGCGACCCCUUCACCUCCCUUCCAUUCGAGAUAUGUUUGGAGAUCCUGCGAGAGCUACCAGUUCCUGACUUUAAAACCUCCGCUUUACUUCUCGCAUUAUGGGACAGUUUCUGUUCGAAAACACGUUCUGGAAAACUAGGACAAACUGGCACGAUGUGUAUUGUGCCAGCAAAGAAGAUGACACGCCAGCGAGACAAGCUGCAGGUGCCUGGCUUCGUUGCCUUUAUGUGA